CUCUCGGGGCUGGCUCGGGAGUAGCGCAGUCGCCAAAGCCGCCGCUGCCAAAGCUGCCGCCACUAGCCGGGCAUGGCCAUGGCGUCCCCGGCCAUCGGGCAGCGCCCGUACCCGCUACUCUUGGACCCCGAGCCGCCGCGCUAUCUACAGAGCCUGAGCGGCCCCGAGCCGCCGCCGCCGCCCCCCGACCGGUCCUCGCGCCUCUGUGUCCCGGCGCCCCUCUCCACUGCGCCCGGGGCGCGCGAGGGGCGCAGCGCCCGGAGGGCUGCCCGGGGGAACCUGGAGCCCCCGCCCCGGGCCUCCCGACCCGCUCGCCCGCUCCGGCCUGGUCUGCAGCAGAGACUGCGGCGGCGGCCUGGAGCGCCCCGACCCCGCGACGUGCGGAGCAUCUUCGAGCAGCCGCAGGAUCCCAGAGUCCCGGCGGAGCGAGGCGAGGGGCAUUGCUUCGCCGAGUUGGUGCUGCCGGGCGGCCCCGGCUGGUGUGACCUGUGCGGACGAGAGGUGCUGCGGCAGGCGCUGCGCUGCGCUAACUGUAAAUUCACCUGUCACCCAGAAUGCCGCAGCCUGAUCCAGUUGGACUGCAGUCAGCAGGAGGGUUUAUCCCGGGACAGACCCUCUCCAGAAAGCACCCUCACCGUGACCUUCAGCCAGAAUGUCUGUAAACCUGUGGAGGAGACACAGCGCCCACCCACACUGCAGGAGAUCAAGCAGAAGAUCGACAGCUACAACACGCGAGAGAAGAACUGCCUGGGCAUGAAACUGAGUGAAGACGGCACCUACACGGGUUUCAUCAAAGUGCAUCUGAAACUCCGGCGGCCUGUGACGGUGCCUGCUGGGAUCCGGCCCCAGUCCAUCUAUGAUGCCAUCAAGGAGGUGAACCUGGCGGCUACCACGGACAAGCGGACAUCCUUCUACCUGCCCCUAGAUGCCAUCAAGCAGCUGCACAUCAGCAGCACCACCACCGUCAGUGAGGUCAUCCAGGGGCUGCUCAAGAAGUUCAUGGUUGUGGACAAUCCCCAGAAGUUUGCACUUUUUAAGCGGAUACACAAGGACGGACAAGUGCUCUUCCAGAAACUCUCCAUUGCUGACCGCCCCCUCUACCUGCGCCUGCUUGCUGGGCCUGACACGGAGGUCCUCAGCUUUGUGCUAAAGGAGAAUGAAACUGGAGAGGUGGAGUGGGAUGCCUUCUCCAUCCCUGAACUUCAGAACUUCCUAACAAUCCUGGAAAAAGAGGAGCAGGACAAAAUCCAACAAGUGCAAAAGAAGUAUGACAAGUUUAGGCAGAAACUGGAGGAGGCCUUAAGAGAAUCCCAGGGCAAACCCGGGUAACCGGUCCUGCUUCCUCUCCUCCUGGUGCAUUCAGAUUUAUUUGUAUUAUUAAUUAUCAUUUUGCAACAGACACUUUUUCUCAGGACAUCUCUGGCAGGUGCAUUUGUGCCUGCCCAGCAGUUCCAGCUGUGGCAAAAGUCUCUUCCAUGGACAAGUGUUUGCACGGGGGUUCAGCUGUGUGUGCCCGCCCCCAGGCUGUGCCCCACCACAGAUUCUGCCAAGGAUCAGAACUCAUGUGAAACAAACAGCCGACGUCCUCUCUCGAUCUGCAAGCCUUUCACCAACCAAAUAGUUGCCUCUCUCGUCACCAAACUGGAACCUCACACCAGCCGGCAAAGGAAGGAAGAAAGGUUUUAGAGCUGUGUGUUCUUUCUCUGGCUUUGAUUCUUCUUUGAGUUCUCUUACUUGCCACGUACAGGACCUUUAUUUAUGAGUGAAAAGUUGUAGCACAUUCCUUUUGCAGGUCUGAGCUAAGCCCCUGAAAGCAGGGUAAUGCUCAUAAAAGGACUGUUCCCGCGGCCCCAAGGUGCCUGAUGUUCACACUUAAGGGAAGUUUAUAAAGCUACUGGCCCCAGAUGCUCAGGGUAAGGAGCACCAAAGCUGAGGCUGGCUCAGAGAUCCCCAGAGAAGCUGCAGCCUGCCCUGGCCCUGGCUCUGGCCCUGGCCCACAUUGCACAUGGAAACCCAAAGGCAUAUAUCUGCGUAUGUGUGGUACUUAGUCACAUCUUUGUCAACAAACUGUUUGUUUUUAAGUUACAAAUUUGAAUUUAAUGUUGUCAUCAUCGUCAUGUGUUUCCCCAAAGGGAAGCCAGCCAUUGACCAUUUAAAAAGUCUCCUGCUAAGUAUGGAAAUCAGACAGUAAGAGAAAGCCAAAAAGCGAUGCAGAGAAACGUGUCCAAGCUGUCUUCAGCCUUCCCCAGCUAAAGAGCAGAGGAGGGCCUGUGCUGCUUGGGUUCCCCAUCGGCCUCCAGCACUGCCUCCCUCCUCCCACCGGGACUCUGGGAUCUCCAGGUGCUGCCCAAGGAGUUGCCUUGAUUACAGAGAGGGGAGCCUCCAAUUCGGCCAACUUGGAGUCCUUUCUGUUUUGAAGCAUGGGCCAGACCUGGCACUGCGCUCAGAGAGCCGGUGGGCCUGGCCUCCCCAUCGACCUCAGUGCCUUUUUGUUUUCAGAGAGAAAUAGGAGCAGGGCGAGUUUGCCUGAAGCUCUGCUGCUGGCUUCUCCUGCCAGGAAGUGAACAAUGGCGGCGGUGUGGGAGACAAGGCCAGGAGAGCCCGCGUUCAGUAUGGGUUGAGGGUCACAGACCUCCCUCCCAUCUGGGUGCCUGAGUUUUGACUCCAAUCAGUGAUACCAGACCACAUUGACAGGGAGGAUCAAAUUCCUGACUUACAUUUGCACUGGCUUCUUGUUUAGGCUGAAUCCUAAAAUAAAUUAGUCAAAAAAUUCCAACAAGUAGCCAGGACUGCAGAGACACUCCAGUGCAGAGGGAGAAGGACUUGUAAUUUUCAAAGCAGGGCUGGUUUUCCAACCCAGCCUCUGAGAAACCAUUUCUUUGCUAUCCUCUGCCUUCCCAAGUCCCUCUUGGGUCGGUUCAAGCCCAAGCUUGUUCGUGUAGCUUCAGAAGUUCCCUCUCUGACCCAGGCUGAGUCCAUACUGCCCCUGAUCCCAGAAGGAAUGCUGACCCCUCGUCGUAUGAACUGUGCGUAGUCUCCAGAGCUUCAAAGGCAACACAAGCUCGCAACUCUAAGAUUUUUUUAAACCACAAAAACCCUGGUUAGCCAUCUCAUGCUCAGCCUUAUCACUUCCCUCCCUUUAGAAACUCUCUCCCUGCUGUACAUUAAAGGGAGCAGGUGGAGAGUCAUUUUCCUUCAUCCUGCAUGUCUCUAACAUUAAUAGAAGGCAUGGCUCCUGCUGCAACCGCUGUGAAUGCUGCUGAGAACCUCCCUCUAUGGGGAUGGCUAUUUUAUUUUUGAGAAGGAAAAAAAAAGUUAUGUAUAUAUACACAUAAAGGCAUAUAGCUAUAUAUAAAGAGAUAAGGGUGUUUAUGAAAUGAGAAAAUUAUUGGACAAUUCAGACUUUACUAAAGCACAGUUAGACCCAAGGCCUAUGCUGAGGUCUAAACCUCUGAAAAAAGUAUAGUAUCGAGUACCCGUUCCCUCCCAGAGGUGGGAGUAACUGCUGGUAGUGCCUUCUUUGGUUGUGUUGCUCAGUGUGUAAGUGUUUGUUUCCAGGAUAUUUUCUUUUUAAAUGUCUUUCUUAUAUGGGUUUUAAAAAAAAGUAAUAAAAGCCUGUUGCAAAAAUGACUCAUGUUAGAAA